AAGCUAGGGACACAACAGUAACACACUGCACAGAAUUUCUGGAUUGUGUUGAUGAAGAUCCUGUACAUCAUGAAGUGGGUGAUUCUGGUAUUGAUUUAUCUCCACCUGUCAGAGGAAGUGGAAAGAAUCAUUCUGAAGAAAGGGAAAUCCCUUCGGGAGAUCCUGAAAGAAAAAGGGAUGCUGGAGGAAUUCUUGAAGAAAUACAAUGUUGACCCUGGUUUGAAAUACCGUCCCAAUGAAUACCAUGUGGUUUAUGAACCAAUGGCCAGUUACUUGAGUGCUUUCUACUUUGGAGAGAUCAGUAUUGGGACUCCACCACAGGAUUUCCUGGUUGUAAUGGAUACUGGGUCUUCUAAUCUCUGGGUACCAUCAGUGUACUGUAACACUGCAGCCUGUGGGAACCACAAAAAGUUCAACCCUAGUGCAUCUUCUACAUACAAAAAUGAAGGGCAAACCUAUACCCUAUAUUAUGGGAGUGGUGACCUGACUGUCACAAUAGGAUAUGAUACUGUGAGGGUUCAGAAUAUUGUUGUUAAGAACCAGGAGUUUGGCCUGAGUAAGGAUGAACCUGGCAAUCCAUUCUAUUAUAACUAUUUUGAUGGAAUUAUGGGGAUGGCUUAUCCUACUCUAGCUUAUUGGGACUCACAAACUGUCAUGCAGCAGAUGGUGAAACAAGGACAGCUUUCUGAACCCAUUUUCAGCUUCUAUUUCUCACGCCAACCCACCUAUCAGUAUGGGGGUGAACUGAUCUUAGGAGGGGUACUGGAUCGGUUCUUCAUUGGAGAAAUUUCCUGGGCACCUGUCACCGAAGAGAUGUACUGGAAGAUUGCUAUUGAUGAGUUUGACAUUGGCAACCAGGCUACUGGCUGGUGCAGUGAUGGAUGCCAGGCAGUUGUAGAUACAGGAACCUUUCUGCUUGCUGUCCCACAGCAGUACAUUGGAGCACUCCUGAAUGCUCUAGGAGCAACAGAAAGUAAUUAUGAGUUUGUGGUCCCUUGUGACAAAGUUCCAAGCAUGCCCACCAUCACCUUUGUCAUUAAUGGAUCCAAGUUCCCACUGCCUCCAUCUGCCUACAUUGCCCAUGACAACGGACUUUGUGUAGUUGCAGUUGAGACCACUUAUAUUCCAUCUCGGAGUGGAGAGCCUCUAUGGAUCCUGGGUGAUGUUUUCCUUAAGGAAUAUUAUUCUGUCUUUGAUCUGGCCAACAACAGAGUGGGCUUUGCAAAAUCAGCUUAGACAAUGCAGUAUCUUCCUCCUUUUCAUUCUAAUACUGUUUUGUUCCAUGGAUUCUAAUACAAUCACUUUAAAUUAGACCUACAAUGUACAUCACAAAUGUAUCUAUGUUCUAUAGACUGCGUCUCAGGGGUAGAGAUAGAUAAAUCUAUCCAGUUUAAUUACACUCAUAUUCUCAUUUCCCAUCCUUUAAUUAAUUUCCUCUUUUUUGAUUAAACUUACCAGUUUGCUUGAAAA